GCAAAAAAUGGGUGGUAAUGAAUUAUUAAAUACUGAACCUAUUAUUAAUAAGGAUAUACCUAGUGAGAAACAAUUUAUUAAUGAUGAAUCAUUAAACAUUGAGGCAACCAGUAUUGAAGAUGAACAAGAACAACCAAGUGUUAAUGAAUCAUUUAAUACUGAUGCAUCGAUUAAUAAAGAUAAACAAAAUGUCAAUCAAGUUGAUAAUGAAGAAUUAAUAAAUACUGCUGCAACUGUUAAUGAAGAUGUAAAAAAUGUGAAGCAAGUCAGUAAUAGUGAACCUUUAAAUACCGAUACAACUAUAAAUGAUAUACAAAUUGUGAAACAAAUUGGUAGUAAUAAAUCAUUAAAUACUGAUGCAACUAUUAAUGAAGUAAAAAAGGUGAAAAAUGUUAUUAAUAGUGAGUCAUUAAAUACUGAUUUAUCUGUGAAUGAUGAUAGACAAAAUGUAAAACAAACCAGUAAUAAUGAAUCAUUAAAUAUAGAUGUUACUAUAAACGAAGAUAAACAAAAUGUGAAACAAAUUGGUAAGAAUGAAUCGUCAAUUAUUAAUGCAACUGUUAAUGAGGAUGUUAAAAAUGUUGAGCAAAAUAGUAUGAAAGAAUCACUAAAUACUGAUGCAACUGAUAAUGAUGAUCUACAAAAUGGGAGAAAAGUAAAUAACAAUCAGUCAUUAAAUAGUGAUUCAACUAUUAAUACAGAUGUUCUAAACAUAAAUCAAGGUUAUAAUGAACUAUUGAAAACUAAUGCAAUUGCAACUUCAAAUAUGGAAAUCAAAUCAGAAAAUAAGAAUAAGGAUACUGUGGCUAUGGAAAGACAAGCAGACUUGCCCUAUAAAAGCAGUGACCAAACAGAAACUGUUACUAAAUGUAAUCAAAUAAAUAUUGAGUCGAUUUGUAAAAACCAAGCAGAAGUAAAGUUGGAAACAACACCAAUUCAAGAAAUAACUGAAUCAAAUGAACAGCAAGAUAAACAAACAUGUUUGCUAGAUAGCGAGCAAAAUGUCACAUCUGUAAAGGAUGAAUCACAACCAUCAACUUCUACAGCUUGUAUGAUCAUGGAAAUGAGAAGAGACUCUGAUGAAGUGGGUGAGGUUUCUGAUAGUCUUGGUCUUUUAGCAGAGUCAACAAGAGUGUUGGAGUAUGAUGAGGAGCAAGAAGACGAUGAUGAUGGUGAUGAUGAUGAAGAUUUUGACCAAGAUGAAGAGAGUAGUAAUCAAAUGAUAGCUGACUACUCAGAAGAUUCUAAUGAGAAGAAGAAUGAGACAGACUUGCCUAAAAAUGUUCAAAUGGAAAUUGAUGAUGCACAAGACUCAACAGAAAGAGAACUAUCAGAAACACCUUUAGUAAAGAGUAAGGCAAAUGAAGAUUGUGAAGUGCAAAUAAGUGAUGUUAAGAGUGAAGAUGUUUCCAGUAAAAAUGAAAAAGACAACAAAACGGAAAUUGAACUUUCUGAUCCAUCACAUGUCAUAAAAUCUGGUGACAAUGCUGAAGUGGAAGAACAAAUUGCUGACAAGAUUGUUCCAGGUGCAACUGACGAAGUUAUAGAGCAAACAACAGCGGACACCAUCGAGUGUCGGAUUUUAAAAUCACUGUUAGAUAAAGAUAACGAUGAGAGCAAAACACAUUUGCUUAAAGUGAAAGAGGAACCAGUUAAUGAGCCCCAGCUGUUGGAUAGUCAGUCACAAGAUAAAAUACAGAAUGAAGACUCGAUAAAUGAAGAGAAUGUUGUCUUAUUGGAAAGUUCUUCAGAAGAUGAUUUUAGUGAAACGAAAGAAACAAUUUCAAAGGCGCGAGUGGAAGCGGAGACACCAAUAACGUCGGAAGAUGUGUCCCGAUCCAGUCUGCUAACAGAAAUGAAUGAAAAAUACUCAUCUGAUAGUAAUUUAGAGAGCAAAGAGCAAGAAGAUGGUGCGAUGGAUAAACCUAAAAUUUCGGUUAAAGAAAUGCUUAAAUCAUCAAUGGGGUUAGAAGUGUUCAAUGUUGAUUCUGAUGAUGAUGAGGUUCUACAGAAAGUCAGUAAAGUAAAGAUACAAGAGGAAUUAGAUAAACUGCGCGGGAAAACCAAAUGUGUUAACACUGCUUGUAAAAGCCCUAUUGAUGCAAAGUAUUAUGUGGCUGAUUCUACUGUGUUGACUUUCUACGAAGCGGAUCGGAAAAAAAAGCCGUUAGUCUGUGAGCCUUGUGCCGAGACAGUUGCAAAGAGAAAUGAGAAGUUGAUCAACGGAAUCAGAACUUUUAUGCCGCUCCUUGAACUAGAAACAAGCAAAUGUAAGCAAGAUUUGGUUGAGAUAUCCGACUCCGAAUCUGAAGAAGACGAGGUAGUGGGGGAUGACGACAAGGAAACGAUUGGGGAAGCCGGCGCUAAACUUCUAGAAGAACAAUUGGCGGACAUGAUUAACGAAACGUGGAAGAAAUUCAAAAUGGAUUCCCGACUUACCGACGCGGAAGUUAUUUUGCAAGAUGAAAUAAACCGUUUGAAUAAGGAGAAUAAAGAAAUCGACGACAUGUUAAACGAGUGCCAAGUAGCGACCGAUAAGCUGCGGAACGAAUUGUAUGCGACUUUCGAGCAAGAGCGAAAGGAGUUACCGCCCAUUGUUAUUAACGACAGGCCCAACAUUACGUUGUCCUGUUUUGAGGACAGCACAGGAGAAAAAUUAGAGUCGCCACAGACACGUAUGAAACGUCGCAUGUCCACCAUUAGUGAUACACCUGCCAAAAAGCUGGCCAUCUUAACCGGACAGAGUACAACAGAAAAUGAGUUAGAACAGAAUGUGGAGGUAUCUGUGGUGAAGCUGUCGGCGGAGGCGGCACCCGCCGACCUGCCGCCGCCGGGAGAAGUGACGCGGCCGCCACUGCGCGUCGGCAUGACGGUGUAUGCCAUGAGGAAUGCUUUCGGACUUUGGCUCAAGGCGAAGAUUGUCGAGACGCAGGCUAAAAAUUUGUCAACAGCCCCGUUCACGAUGUGCCGCGUAAGGUUCGAGCACAAAGUCAAUAAGAAUCCGUUCAAAUUGUUGCCUGCGCGCUGCCUUGCGUAUUCUGAUCCUUCCGACGUUCGUCUUACAAUAGGUACUCGAAUAAUUGCAUCUUCCGACAAAAGAGAAUCGUUCUAUUCAGGAGUCGUCGCGGAGGUUCCAAACCCUGUUAACAAUUAUAGAUAUUUGGUAUUCUUUGACGACGGGCAUGCAAAAUAUGCACAACACGCGCACACACGUCUGGUGUGCGAGUGUUCACCGUUGGUUUGGGAAGAGGUGCAUCCAUACUCGCGCGACUUCGUGCGCCAGUACCUGCUGUCGUAUCCCGAGCGACCAAUGGUGCGGCUGCAUCCAAGACAGAACCUCAAGGCCGAAUGGAACGGCAAAUGGUGGACGUCGAAGGUGAUACAAGUAGACGCAUCGCUGGCGCUGAUCAAGUUGGCGGGUGACCGGCUGGAGUGGAUCUACCGUGGUUCAACUCGCCUGGCGCCGCUCUACCUGGAGCUGCAGGCUGCCGAGCGGCACCGAACCCGCCCCAUGCCCAGGUCGGGCCCGCAGCACCGGACGAACAUGCCAUACGUGGAAUACACGCGCUACGACGAGCAACAACCUUCCAAAACACCUGCACCACAAACGCCGCAACAAAAUGAAGAAAUACGUCGACAGCGCGCCGUGGCCAAGAAGUCGACAACGACGAGCCUGCCGCCGGCGCCCGCACCCGCGCCGCCUGUCAACGCCGCCAACUUGGACAACGUCACCAGCCGAGUUGUGUAUUACACGCCCAAGAAUGCAGUACGCCCGCACAAGAUGGUGCCGCAUACGUGCGGACCGAAAUGCAGACGCACAGACGUGUUGGCGCUCAAAGACCUACGCACGUACAACCCCUUGGCUAAGCCACUACUCAGUGGCUGGGAGAGGCAAAUCGUGCGCUUCAAGGGGCACAAGGAGGUGAUGUACCGCGCGCCGUGCGGGCGGCGGCUGCGCUGCAUGGCCGAGCUGCACCGCUACCUGCGCGCCGUGCGCUCCGACAUGUCCGUCGACCUGUUCGACUUCGCGCCCUCCACGCACUGCCUCGCCGAGUUCGUGCUCAACAAGUGCCUCGUCGGCAAGAAGGACCUAUCGCAUGGCAAAGAAAACGUGCCAGUGCCGUGCGUGAACUACUACGACGAGUCUUUGCCGGAGUUUUGCUCGUACAACACUGAACGCACGCCCACGGCCGGCGUGCCGCUCAACAUCGACCCGGACUUCCUGUGCGGCUGCGACUGCGAGGACGACUGCGAGGACAAAACAAAAUGUGCUUGUUGGAGGAUGACGCUAGAGGGCGCACGAACAAUUGGUUUAGACGGGGAUGUUGGCUACGUGUACAGAAGAUUGCCUGAACCGUUGCCUUCCGGGAUUUAUGAAUGUAACUCCAGGUGUAAAUGUAAAAAUACGUGUUUAAAUCGAGUGGCGCAACAUCCUCUCCAGCUGAAACUACAAGUUUUCAAAACUCUCAACCGUGGAUGGGGCAUACGAGCACUCAAUGACGUACCAAAAGGAGCAUUUCUGUGUGUUUAUGCGGGAAAUUUACUGACUGAUGCAACCGCAAACUUGGACGGCCUGAACGAAGGCGACGAGUAUCUCGCCGAGCUUGACUACAUUGAAGUCGUGGAGCAGUUGAAGGAGGGCUUCGAAGAAGACAUCCCGGAGUUUCUCAAAGAACCCGAAAGAAGAUCCUCUGCUAUAGAAUCUGUUGAAGAACAAGAAACAUCUUCUGAGGAAGAAGAGGUAAAGACUUCAAAAGAUGAGAGAGAUGACGACUUCCGGCCUGGGUACUUCGAAAUGGGCUCUAUGGAAUUUAGUAAACGUUUGCGUACACGAGAAAAACGCAUGAAGGAGCGCUACAACAAUCUGG